ACAUCCAACCCGAUUUUCACUCGCUCUCUCAAACCUCUCAAAAAAAGGAAAAAAAAAAAGGGUAUCACUAUUCUAUCCUUUCUUUUCCAUCUUUCUCAAUCUUUCUCAAAGCUUGAUUGAAUUUCGAGAAUUUGAAGAAUAUGGCUCUUGAAGCUCUGAAUUCUCCUACCACUGCCACUCCUUUCAGCAAUAAAUAUGAGGACAUCGACAACAAUUAUCUCGAGACAUGGAAGAAGGGCAAACGUUCGAAGCGACCACGGAGCGAGUCUCCUACGACUGAAGAAGAGUACCUUGCUCUCUGUCUCAUCAUGCUAGCUCGUGGAUCCACCAACGAUGAUGAUCAUCCUCGUCAAUUAUCUUCCUCAUCAUCACCAGCGGCUGCUCCCGCGCCGGCUCCGCCAGCUUUGAAGUUGUCUUACAAGUGCAGUGUAUGUAACAAGGCUUUCCCUUCUUACCAAGCUCUGGGUGGGCAUAAAGCCAGCCACCGCAAAACCUCCACCGACGCUGCUACCACCAACGGGGAUAAUCCAUCUGCCACCAGCGCCACUAGCGGUAGCGGUAGGGCACAUGAAUGUUCCAUCUGCCACAAGACUUUCCCUACAGGCCAAGCCUUGGGGGGCCACAAACGCUGCCACUACGAAGGUGGCAACAAUAACAACUACAACAACAACAAUAACAAGUGUGGUAGCGUUAGCGUUAGCGUUAGUGGGGUGACGUUGUCAGACGGCGGUGCCUUGAGCCAAAGCCACCGUGUCGACUUUGACUUUGACCUGAACCUGCCGGCUUUGCCAGAGUUCUGUGGGGAAAACAAAGAUGGAAGAUUUAGUCAAAUCUACGCAGAACAAGAGGUUGAAAGUCCAUUGCCGACUAAGAAACCACGUUUCUUGAUUACCAAGGAAGAGAAGCUGGAAUCUUCUUUAGCACAGGAUUGAUUUUAGGAUUUGUAGAAUUAAUUGAAUUUACAAAGAUGAAUGAUUUUAUUUUUCCAUUGAUUCUGGGAUUUGUAUUUGAUGAAUUGUUCUGUACAGUGAAUUUGUUCAUUGUUUGUGAACUCUCCCUAUUGUUGUCGGCUGCUGGCAAUUCAUUAAUUCAUUUUUAAUUAAAAAAAA